AUGUCUGGAAGACCAGAGAAAGGACUUUACGGUAAUGAGGAGGGCCAAGCGUCUGCUGUGCCACAGGGAGAUUCUCGGAGGAGAGCGAGGUCGGACCUUGAGGGUGACACAGAUCAGCCCGCUGCGACUCCCAUAAGAGUGGAGGAAGCGCAACUACGGUGGACCAUGUGCAGCUACGUGAGGGACAUCCUGCUGGACGGAGAGACCGACAUUUCCAAGAUAAAGCUGAAUGAUUUCUUCGGGA